AUGCGCGAAUCGGUCCGUGCCGCCCCUGCGGCCGGCAACGAACCAAAAUGCAACAGCCCGCGGAGUGCUGUUUCUGCUCCAGAAUUUGUGGAUGUCAGCCCGCUGAUGCGGUCGUGCAUUUUUGGGUUCAAUACUCACGUAGCAGAGCUUCCUUGUUCGGCCACGGAUGUCAGGGCUACAGACUCCACCCUUCUGGGACCCUUCAAAACAGAAGCAGCGAACGAAAUUGCCCUACGGCGAGAGCUUUUCUCUCAGCUGCCAGAGGAUUUCGGGCGGAACAGUUCGUCAGGCGACAGCACCGGCCCUAGCGGGCGCAAGUCCCACUCUUUGGCGCUGCAUGGAGAUGUUCCUUCUUGGGCGCAGGAUGACGGCUCGCGGCUGCAUGUUGAUGGUGUAAUUCCUUUGGAGCUGCGCGCAAAACUGGCGGCUUUGAACCAUGAAGUUUCUACUAGCCAGGGAGAGAGUAAGGAAUCUCGGGUUCCAACGAAGCUUGCGGCGUGCAAGAAGGGGCGCAGUGCCACCCGCAAGGCGACACCUGGGCCGAUUGCUGGAUUUAGUUUGGAGUUGGCUGAAGACGCUGGAUGCAACAGCGUGGCGAAUGGCGCAGCUCUCAUGUCGCCAGCUAGUGAAGCAGGAGGCAAGACGCCUGUUGCUACUGCCUCAAGUGAAAAUAGGCUGGCGAAGGACGCAGAGUCUUCCAGAGCAUCGAAAGACAAUGACUGUGGGGCGGACAAAGACGAGCUACUGCAUGCAUUGGGAUUGGUGCUGGAUAAGCUAGAGGAGGCUUCACCAGUGAGAGUAUCUUGCUCUGAGGAGGAAAAUUGCAGUAAGACUCUCCAAGCAAGUGACAUCGAAGCAGUGCUUGACGCGUCCGACGUUGGAAAUGGCAACUCGGCAGGAAACGGAUUCUUCUUUCGCGACUCGUGCUUCGCGCUGCCCCACGCUGCUAAUGCUUCAUUCGAGCAAGUGGAGGAUAUAUCUGAACCUUUGCAAAGCUCAGUUUCACUCCGGGAGAAGCUAAACAGUACGGGACAUGGAGCUAACGGUGCUAUUCGGCUUCCGCUGGAUGCCGGAGGCGUGUUCGCAGACGUCCAGCUGACAGUGUUAUCAAUGCUUGAGGAUCUGCAUGCUGCGAUUUGCUGCUGUGCAGCAGCCUCAAGCCCAGAUUCUUGUAGAUGCUGCGUUGGUGCGUCUGACUUGUUGAGAAGUAAUUGGCAAAAGAACGCUUCAUUGGGCGCAGUGCUAAAAAGUACAGGUUUUGUUGGGAAGGCAGGGCCUGCAAAAGAAGGCACGGGAGAUCCUUCUCAGCAGGGCAUAGCUUUACGUGGCAGAAGCCCUUCACCCGUCCCAAUAAAAAGGACGCUUCAUGUUGUUUCUGAAUCUGCAACCGCCAGCUCUGCGGGAGAGUGUGCAGGCUCGGGCAGAUGCGCAGAGCCCUCACGUACUACUGAGGUCCUACGUUUGGGCUCUUCGGGUUGCCAAGACUCAACUUUGUCAAGCUGUUCCAAGGAAUCAGCGCUGCGUUGUGUGGAGUCUUCAAUUCUCUCCCGGUCUUCCCCGUCUCUACGUUGUGAAGUUGGCGACGCGCUGGCCGCCCAAGACAGUAUGCAUUCGUCUCCAUAUGGUUGUGAAACGGCGCAAGGGCAACUCUGCAGCGGGACGCCGAUUAAAAGUACCGAAAGCGGCGCCACCUUUACCUCUCCUACAGAAUCCCCAGUUUGUCCAGAUGUAGCUGUUGUACCGGAUAACAACCCACCAAAUGGGUCAGAUGGUACUUAUGUUGCUAACUCAGCCACUAAAUUUGGCUUUGAUGCUUCUCAUCCCAGUAAAGAGGAGUCAGAGGAGUCGCUGCACCCCCUUUUCAGGCAUCACGUUGCAGUGGUUACGUGCGCUGACCGAUUUGCGGAGCUCCUUCCAUAUUCCCAUAUCUUUCGGGACUGCGUUGGGACCUACCGCAUGCCGUCUACUUUACCUUCAUCAGCACGCCACUUGCUCGUGCAGGAGUUAAGAAUGCUCCGCAAUGACCCGGACAGGCUUUUGAUGCGCAACUCAUUUCAGUGGACAGAGGCGCCUGGAGCAGUUUCGUGCUUAGCUGAGUUGAAAGGUGGGCCUGCUGCCGAUACUCUGCACUCUGAUCGUGCGUCGCGCGGGGAGGAUACAGGAACAGGCAUUUCCUGCCAAAGCCCCAGAGGAGGGCGUGCGGAGAUUAGUGCAACCGCGACUGAGGAAAAAGGCGCCUUUUUAUCCCAGGCCACUUUGGCGGCUCCCGACACCAGCAUCAGACGCUGCAGUGUCUCGUGGGCACCUCCGCUACCCCUGCUGGACCCUGCUGUUCUUUUGUGCGCCUCGGGAACUGAGCUAGCUGCGCAGAAGUCAGCAGUGUUGAGAAUUCUGAGAAUGCUGCGUUCGUUGGCGCCGUCGUGGGCUGCACGCGAUGACAACUUUGGGUUCCACUUCAAUACUGCGAUUGCAGCGAGAUCACUGGAUUCCUUGGAGCUGCAAAGCUAUCGCGUAGUUCUGCAGUGUUUGUCUCCUUUUGAUGCGCGGGAAUGGUCACGCGACCAGCUUAUGGAAGUCCUCAGUGAUCUAGACUGCAUUCGUCUUGCUUAUAGGCGUCGCCAGAGCCUGAAGGCGAGCGUUGCACGCGUCCAACGUUUGCUGGAGCAGCCUGAUGCGGAUCCUCCAGGGGGCAUAUGGCACGGAACUGAAGGUGCAGCUGGUGCACGACAACGAUGGGAGCACAGCGGCAGCACUUCACUCCAUACAGGAGAUUUGGGGAACACGCACUGUCCACCGCGUGUUGUUGUUCGCGGGGUUCGCGAUGCACACAAUGGCCAGCUUGUCACAAAUGCUUCUAGUCUAGGAGGACCUGUUUGCCCUUCCGGACAUACACCAUUAACGACUCGGAUGCAGCAUCUUUGCUCAGCGAAGGAACAACGCAACAAUGCGCAGCAGCAAACACUCCAGCAACUGCCCCCUACCGGAACGGGGGGCAAGGCUUCUCCCAGAACGCUUGGGUUUGAGGGCACUUGGUCGGGUGACCGAGAAGGCGCAUCAUUCGCAGAUGGAGAUGCUGAAUUGCACGGAAUCCCUGCUGGAGGGGGAAACUCUAUGGCUGAAGGUUCUGGUGUUCCUGCCAGUCUUUCACGGAGGGGUCAGUCACCCACAAGCACAGCAGUCGGUGGACGGCGCAACGCUACUGGAUCUGACAACUGUUUUGUAAGCAGUGGGAAAGCAGGGAACAGCAAUUCGAGCGACUGUCCGGAGCGGCAGCAAUAUGCGGUUCGUGCAGCAGAGCUCCCCAAGGUCAAGGGAGUUUUCAUAGGCAAAAAGCACACUUGCUGGGUUGCGCAGUGGAAUGAUGCCAACGGCCAGCCUAGGCAAAGCUGCUUCAAUAUCAAACAGCAUGGUUUCGAGAAGGCCCGUCGGUUGGCGGUUCAGGCAAGACAGACUCUCAUGGGCAUGGCGACGUCGAAGCCCGUGAAUAACGUUCAAGUUGAAGCACAGCGAGCUGCGGGACAACCUGUGCUGCCACCCACUGGCCGGGAAACGCCUUCGAUGCCGACGAGGCUUCCGGAUUUACUCUUCAUGGGGGACGCCACUACGGCAAUUGCAGAGGCGCUUGGGAGCCGCGGUAUACAGACCCCCACUGCCGUGCUGCCGCAGCCAUGUGUGAAAACCAAGCUCGACGGUCUUACUUUAUCAAGUGAAGGGGCCGAAGCUCCAGCAGGCCAUGACCCAAUUAUUGCUGGAAACGCUUACACGGCUCGAAGCGCUAGCCCUACGCACACAAAAACAGGAACAUCCGGGACAGCAACGCCAAGGAACUCCCCACGUGGGGCACUUCACCGACCGACAGCUACGUGUCCAAGCGACAGUAUGACCACGGCUUUUCCACAGAAGCCCACAAUGCAACGACAGGUGCCAGUCACAACACAGCCAUCACUUCCUGCUGUGGCUUCGAGCGGGUCGACUGCAAAGCAGCAAGCCUUACUGCAGCAUCAGCUACAGCAACAGCUUGAGGACCAGCUUCAACAGCUGCAACAGCUUCAACAGCAGUUGCUGCAGCAGUCAUCAGCUGCUCAGGAGGCGCAAAGCAGGACGGCGCCUGUUCUGGGGCCGCGUGCUCCUUCGGCCUCUGGAUAUUUGGGACUAGCUGACAGCUCGUCAUCGGCACUGGCACUGGUGAGCUCAUUAUUGGGGGAUUCGGCCCCAGCGUCUCUCCGGCUCCCAGCAUUCAGUGACCCCUCACGAGCUAUUCCCGUGCUCCACUCUUCAGAAGGGCAGCAGCGGCAGGCAACACAGAAAUCUGGGAAUGCUGAUCUGUUGAACGAGUUACCAGUGACCCCGCAGCCUGUCAAAGUUUCUCGCGGAGGUCCCGGGGUUCUCGGGCUCCCAGGCGAUGGCGGAGGGGCACUUAGUGCCUCAUUUGGUCCCGCUGAUUCGCUGGAAGAAGACAGCUUGCAUGCAUGUUCAAAGAGGAAGCAACGACUAAUAUGUGCCACGAAACAGGGUAAGCGCACGUUGGCGUCGUUGGCAAGAGAGUUCCCUUCUGUCGGUGGAGUUACAUACAAUGUUAAGGGUGCAUGCUGGGAAGUGGCUGUCAAAGGACGGGACGCUGCUAAAAUUUUUAGCACCCGAAAAUUUGGAGGCCUAGAAGCAGCGUAUGGAGCGGCAGUUAUGUGGAAGCGUAAGGUGGACCGAGGCGAGGAGGGUGCUGAUGACGUGGAUGGACCUGAUCAGCCCGAAGGUCAUCCAGAUGACGAAUAUCUCGAGGAUGCCGAGGGGCUUGGAGGAAGUGCCUCAUUAACGAAGUGGGAAACUGGGUUGGAAGCGGAAGAACCGCUUAAGAAACGCACGGCUUGCGCAAGGCCCGAAGUUUUAGUAAAUUCACUUGGGGUUGCCAUGCAACAACAGCAGUUCGGCUCGGCAGUAGUUCCGCCGUCAGUUCGCAUCGCAUCUGCACCGGAUGAAAGCCAUGUAGUUCAGCAACUGCUGUCGAGGGCACCCAGCAUUUGA